AUGGAGAGGGAUGACGAGUGGGAUCGAUCGGAGAAGGGCGAGCUCGAUCAUGAGCUCGAUGAUGAAGAGGAGGAAGAGGAGGAUCGAUCUAGCGAGUUUGUAUCUUCAUUCAAGCGCAUGAUGCCCGUCGUUGCGGCAGAUGGCCCUGCCCUUGGCUCAUCCGGCAGCGCUCCGUUCAUGGCGGUUCAUCAAAUCUUGGCUAUGCCGUCCUACCUCAGCCAUACUGCUCCGACUCUGCCACAGCUUGUGGACGAUGACGAUUCGAUCAACGAUGGACCCCAACCUCCUGCACCAGCCCUGGACGAGGUGCAUCAAUCCAACAUCAACUUCUUCAACCUUCCGCAGCUCCUCCAGCCAUCGCCCGCUCGACGAGAUCAAACCUCUUCUUCAACGCAGACUACAUCAUCAUCCACAUCUCCAUCUUCAUCUUCCGCUACGCCAUCGAACACGACCACGACCGCUGCCACGGGUGGGCCGCGCCCUGGUCUGUUCGUGGCCACGUUCUAUGGCAACGAUCGCGACGUAGUCGCCCUGCUCCAGGCCGGCGCCGAUCCCAACCAAACGGACAAGCACGGGUGGACGCCACUCGCUCUCGCCGCGUCACGCGGUGACAAGAAGGUGACGUGGGUGCUGCUCAAUUGGAACAAGGUCAAGGGCGGCCCGCUCGCCGAUCCCAACAUACGCGACAACGAAGGCUGCACCGCACUCCACCGGGCCGCGUUCGUGCAGAACGAGGACAUCAUGAAAAUGCUAAUCGCCGCCGGAGCGGACGUGAAUGUGCACGACGACAACGGAGAGACGCCGCUCCACCUUGCUGCCGAACGCGACAACGCCUACCUGAUCUCCCAUCUGCUCCAGUACGUGGGACCUUCGCUUUGCGCAUUGAAUACCACUCAAGCCCACCACUCUCUGCUCAUGGUCGACCUCGUUGACACGCUGCACACGCUGCACAGAGCCGGCGCCGAGAUUGAUGCUCGGGAUCGGGAUGAGCGUACCGCGCUCCACUUUGCCGCGAUUGCCGGUGGCGAGGAGGCCUGCCACGCGCUCAUACGACGAGGCGCCGACCCCCACGCCCAGGACGUCGACCGCGAGACUCCGCUCCACGCGGCCUGUGAGCACAACCAGAACGUUGUGGCCCGGGCCCUCGUGCUGGGCUACCAGGUGGCCGUCAACGCGCAGUCCAAACAGAGGAAGACGCCCCUACAUCUAGCGGCGGCGAGGGACAACUACGACCUGUGCGAGUUGUUGCUCGAGAACGGGGCCAAUGUGAACGCGCGCAUGCGCAACGGGCGAACCCCGCUACACUACGCAGCGGCCAAGGGCUUCGUGCGGGUCACGGCGCUACUGCUGCGCCACGGGGCCAACACGGAGAUCAGAGACGCUCGGGGGAAGGGCAAGACGGCCGCAGAGUGGGCGGCGAUCAAGGGCCACCUCGAAGUCGAGGCUCUGUUUUCGGCGACCAACGCCGCCCCGGAGGUGGAGGAACGCUCCGACGAUGAUGACGAAGAGGGAACAACGAGCAUCGCCGGCAUGCGGCGCACUGGAACUGCGCAGGCGAUCGACGUCGAAGAGCCCGGCGUCAGGGCUGCAGAAGAAGAGGUCGACCAGCAGGACUGGCGAUACUGGCGGCUGCCCGUGGACUCAGUGGUCAGCGACCACGAGGCCGACCUCUAG